ACUCAUGGUAACCAUUCGAGCAGACGAAAUUAGCAAUAUUAUCCGUGAACGUAUUGAACAAUAUAAUCGAGAAGUAAAGGUUGUAAAUACCGGUACCGUACUUCAAGUAGGUGACGGCAUUGCUCGUAUUCACGGUCUUGAUGAAGUAAUGGCAGGUGAAUUAGUAGAAUUUCAAGAGGGGACAAUAGGCAUUGCUUUGAAUUUGGAAUCCAAUAAUGUUGGUGUUGUAUUAAUGGGUGAUGGUUUGCUGAUACAAGAAGGAAGUUCUGUAAAAGCAACAGGAAGAAUUGCUCAGAUACCUGUGAGUGAAGCUUAUUUGGGUCGUGUUAUAAAUGCCCUAGCUAAACCUAUUGAUGGUAGGGGUGAAAUUUCGGCUUCGGAAUCUCGGUUAAUUGAAUCUCCCGCUCCCGGUAUUAUUUCGAGACGUUCCGUAUAUGAGCCUCUUCAAACCGGACUUAUUGCUAUUGAUUCAAUGAUCCCUGUAGGACGUGGCCAGCGAGAAUUAAUUAUUGGGGAUAGACAAACUGGUAAAACAGCCGUAGCCACAGAUACGAUUCUUAAUCAACAAGGACAAAAUGUAAUAUGUGUUUAUGUAGCUAUUGGUCAAAAAGCAUCUUCUGUGGCGCAGGUAGUUACUACCUUCCAGGAAAGGGGAGCAAUGGAGUACACUAUUGUGGUAGCCGAAAUAGCGGAUUCCCCCGCUACAUUACAGUAUCUGGCUCCUUAUACCGGAGCGGCGCUGGCGGAAUAUUUUAUGUACCGUGAACGACACACUUUAAUCAUUUAUGAUGAUCUUUCCAAACAAGCACAAGCCUAUCGCCAAAUGUCUCUUCUAUUACGAAGACCGCCUGGUCGUGAAGCUUAUCCAGGAGAUGUUUUUUAUUUGCAUUCACGACUUUUGGAAAGAGCCGCUAAAUUAAGUUCUCGUUUAGGUGAAGGAAGUAUGACUGCUUUACCAAUAGUCGAGACCCAAUCAGGAGAUGUUUCGGCUUAUAUUCCUACGAAUGUAAUUUCCAUUACAGAUGGACAAAUAUUUUUAUCCGCCGAUCUAUUCAAUGCUGGAAUCAGACCAGCAAUUAAUGUGGGUAUUUCUGUUUCUAGGGUGGGGUCCGCAGCUCAAAUUAAAGCUAUGAAACAAGUAGCUGGUAAAUUAAAACUGGAACUGGCCCAAUUUGCAGAAUUAGAAGCCUUUGCUCAAUUUGCUUCUGAUCUUGAUAAAGCUACUCAGAAUCAGUUGGCAAGAGGGCAACGAUUACGUGCAUUACUGAAACAACCCCAAUCAGCUCCUCUCAAGGUCGAAGAACAGGUAUUGACUAUAUAUACCGGAACGAAUGGUUAUCUUGAUUCAUUAGAACUUGAGCAAGUAAGGAAAUUUAUUGUUGAAUUACGUACUUAUGUAAAAACUAAUAAACCGGAGUUCCAAGAAAUUAUAUCUUCUACCAAGACAUUUACUGAAGACGCAGAAGCCCUUUUAAAAGAAGCUAUUCAAGAACAGAUGGAACGCUUUCGACUUCAGGAACAAGCGUAAAGAAAUCCAUCCCUCUGAACCCUCUGAAUUUUUUGUAUUAUUAAAUAAAAAAGAAAAUACCCUUUUUCACAUGGAUAUCUAAAAAAAAUAUAUGGAAAUAAAUUGCGUCCAAUAGGAUUUGAACCUAUACCCAAGGUUUAGAAGACCCAUGUCCUAUCCAUUAGACUAUGGACGCUUUUCAUUCCGAUUUUUCGGAUUUUUUCUUAUUUUGUGUUUCCAAAAAAGAAUCGGAUUGUAUGUGAUGGGAGAUGUGAAUUUUUUGUUUGAAUUGCGUAUUUAAUUCAAUGAUGCAUUAAUUAAUACAGAAUGGAGCGGGUAGCGGGAAUCGAACCCGCAUCGUUAGCUUGGAAGGCUAGGGGUUAUAGUCGACGUUGAUUUAUGAAUUUUAACGUCUCUAAUUCAAAACCGAACAUGAAACUUUGGUUUCAUUCGGCUCCUUUAUGGAAAAAGGAGCAAUUCCCAGACCCUAAUCUAAGGCGGGAAUAAAAUUACAAAAGAAAAAAUCACCCAUAACAUCUAUGUCAGUUUUUUGCAUGAAUGCAUUCAAUUCAAAACAACUUACUUUCUAGAUGAUCCCUCUAGAAGAGGCGAUUCUAACAAUCUUUCUAGUUACUUCGUUCUCUAUUUCUAUUUGAGAGAAUCCUAAGGAAAAGUCUUUUGUUUCUACCGAGCUAAGCUAAAAAAAGAAAUAUGUUGAUUGAAGCCUCUAGUAAACUAAAGUCAUCAUUUAAUAGCUAUUUUGCUUCUCUAUAAAAAACUAGAAGAUUUAGUUACGAUUAGAAACCCUUUUUUCUAUCUUUAUCCAUAGAUCUCUUCCUUAUACUCAUUCAAUUGGAAGUAUUCAUCCAAUUCAACAAAAUUUUAUGUUUCGUAACUUCAUAAUCCAAAAAUUCCACUUUCUAAUAUAAUUGAGUUUUGGAUCCAAAUCACGAGAAUGUAUAAUUUUCCUCAAUUUUUUCAUUGAGAGGGAAAGGAUUAAUUCCUUUUAAGAAAUAAAGUUUUUGAUCGGAAUAGUAAUCAAACCGGUAGACCCCUUAACUAUUAAGGGGUUAAUAGAACGAAUCACACUUUUACCACUAAACUAUACCCGCUACAGUUGGAUUAUUGUAUCCAAAUAAAACUUUUGUCGAACACUGAAAUUGGAUGUAAUCAAGACAGGAUUCGAAAAGAAUCAUGAAAUUUAGAGUAUUGACACUUUUUGUAGGAGGAUUUUAUGAGUUUUAAUCAGAUUUUAAAAAGUUAUAGUUAAAUAACUAAAAAAAAAAAAGUUCUAUUUUUUCUUGAAGGAAUUUUUUAUGAUCAUUAUCAACUAAAUCAUUUUCUUUAUUCUAUAGAAUCCCUAGAAUUCAUUAAAACAAAAAGGGCCUGGCGAGGUAUUGAUCAGGCCAGGCCGUGGGAAUCAAAAAAGAGUCCCUUUCGGGCGAAGAAGUAUUUAAUUAAAUAUUCUAUUUUUCUAUUAAUUAAUAUUAAAUAUUCAGUCUUUUUUUUUCUUUUUAAUUUUUAAUAUUAAUUUUUAAUAUAAUUAUGAAAAUUUCAAAUAAAACUUGUACUUAAUGUUGUCUUACACAAUACAACUUGUAUAUUUUGUAUAUAUAUAUUAUGUUAUAUAUAAUAUUGUGUUAUAUAUAUAUUAUAUAUUUUGGUUAUAUAUAGAUUAUAUAUAUUUUGAAUUUUUUUAUUUUAGUCUAAUUAAUUUGAGUUUAUUACAUAUUUUUUACAUAAUUUUCAAAUUUUUCGAAAUUUUUUAUUUAAUAUUUGACUAUUACUAUUUUCAACGGGGAGAGAUGGCUGAGUGGACGAAAGCGUCGGAUUGCUAAUCCGUUGUACGAGUUAUUCGUACCGAGGGUUCGAAUCCCUCUCUUUCCGUUUCCAUUGAUAACUGAAUCUUAUUAUUUGAUUUCUCUUUUGAAUUUAUUCUAUCUUUUUUUUUUCAAAAUAGAAUUAUACAAAAUAGAAUUAUAUAUAAUUCUAUUUUGAAAAAAAAAAAGAUAGAUGAAAAAUAAA